GCUGAGUUCAGUCAAUCAAAAAUUCGGAUAGUGGAACAAGGCAGACUUCAACUGGUGAAAGAACAAGAAAAGCAUGCCUCUGACAAGAUGAAACUUGUAGAAGAAAUAAAUAGUUUAAAGGAACUACUAGCUACUUAUGAAAAAUCCAUAGACAGAAAGGAUCAAGUAAUCUCUAAUCUGACGCAUGCAAUGCAGAAACAGAAAGAUAAAAAUGAAAUGAUGAGAACAUUCUGUGAGUGGAAGAUGAAACAUAAUGAUUUCAAAAGAGAGACAUUUUGUACCAUGAUAGCUAAGAAGCAUCAUCAAAGAUGUUUACAAAGAAAAGUUUGGGAUGCUUGGCACUCGGUCAUAGAGACAAAAUGGAGGGUGCGUGUUGAAAAAGCCUGUCAGGCGAAGGCACAGGAAGUUUGUAUUCAGCUCACGAACAAUUACGAGGCAAAACUGGCUUCUGCAAAUGAAGAGUUAGAAAGUGUGAAGGCGGAGGUAGCUCAGAUGCAUAAAGAACGUGAACGUUACGAAGAGAUGAUGAAGAAAGCGUUCAUGCGUGGAGUUUGCGCCCUUAAUCUCGAAGCGAUGACAAUAUUUCAUAACAAUGAGGAAAAAGAGAACAAAGACAUAGGAAAUGUACAUAUACCUGAUGAUAUCAGUGAAAACAUGAAAGACAGUAUACCAGAGAAAGAUUACAGUAUACCUAAAACAUUACCACAUGAUCAACAUGAAAGAAUUGUAACUAGUGAAGGGUCACGACCUUCUACAGUAACACAGGGCCGACCAUUGAGUUCAAAGUCAACAGGAAAACCAGGAAUGUCAAAACAUUUAUCUACAAAGGUUACUUCAAAAGUUGACAGUAGGAUGUCAAAAGGGGUGGGGUCACAAGUUUUAGCUCCGCCCAUGACCUCAGUGACCGUAGAACGCCAUCAGCCAGUCAAUAAACAAACUAUGCCACAUGCCAUUGCAGGGAAAUACCCACGACAAACAGCUCCACCUAGUGACCGUAGAAAACUAGCAGGUCAAGGUCACCUGCCCUCCAAUAUACAAACUGUAAAACAUGUUGAAUGAUCUAAUAUACUGAACUAUAGGGAGUAUGAAUAUGUGAUACUGUGUAUUAUCAAACUUGAAAUUUGAAACUGAAGUUUCUUUUUUUUUCUCUUGCAUUUAACAUGUUGAACGAUAUACUAAAACAAUACAUGUAGCAUGAGUGUAUUAAGCCUCAAAAACACAAAUAUUUUUAUUCUUAUCUUUCAAAAUUUGAAAAGCUUUAAUUGACUGUGGUAUCCUGUAACAAUUUCCAAAAGUGGUGGUGUGGCCUCUGAGGUUAACAUGUCGGACUAGUAAUCAAAUGUUUGCCGGAGGCAUUGGUUUAAACCCAUGUCAAGGACAAUCCGUUGUAUCUUUGAUGAAGAAACAUUACACUUAUUGCUAAGUGAGUACUGAUUGGUCCUAGGAAUGGAUUCAAGAGUGUUUCAAUAUGCUUACAGCUGCCAACACAAUCAAAAUCAAAUAAAUUUGUAUAAACUAUACAACUAAAUAGUAACUUAUUGGCCUUAAAUCUAGGCCAUCAUUUGCGUAUUUUUUGUGUUUUGCCAAUUAAAACGGCUAUAGGGGUUUAGUAUUUGAAUUAAAAAUACUAUUUUGUUAAGAUGUUGCUACCUUAAUGAAACAGUAUUUCACAUUCAGCACUAUUUUCUUUAGGUAAAAAGCAUCUUGCAUGUUCUCAAACCAUUAUUUCAACAUGAUUAAAAUCACAUUUGCUCUUUCUACAGAAAGAAAACAAAACUUUUCUGAGACUUAAUGAUGUGCCUGUAAGAAAUAUUAUCUUUUGUAAAGAAAGAUUUAUUCUUUAUUCUCUAAAUUUUCAUUUUAUAAUCAAUUUCUUGAUUUUAAACAGGAGCAUCUGUGUUGUUGAUGUGUUACUAGGGUUACAGUUAAAUCUCACUGAUAAAACCUAGAAGUUCCUUUUUUUCUGUCUGAAUUUUCAUUAGCUUAGAGUUUUUCUUAUUUGUUAGAUGAAACAUAUGUUGGUUUUGUUAAAAUUCAUGUUCUGAGUGUUUUGUGUUGCUAGAUUUCCAGUUUGCAUUUUAUCGUAAGUAUGAAGAUAGAAUGUUGGCCUUUUGAUAUAUAGAGGAUAUUCAAGUUUUUUCUAUAAAUACAGGAUUUAUUUUCAUCGAGUGGUAUGAAAAUAAAUAUUUCAUGAGUGGCAGUAGCCAUGAGUUAAAUAUAAACAUUUUCAUACCACAAGAUGAAAAUAAAUCCUGUAUUUAUAGAUCAAAAAACUUGAAUUUUCUGUUUAUUUAUAUAAUUUUUCUUUUUGAUAUUACAAUUUGAAAGAUUUUCCUUUAAAUUUUGUGUAUUUGCUUAAUUUAGAAAAAGAAGUCCGGCAAGACAUCAGUGAAAAUACGAAAAAUAUGUUUCACUGCUGUGAAAAAUAUUUUUUUACAGUGAAAAUACAGGAAAUGAAAGUACGCAUUUUAUUUCAUCAAUAUUUCAUUCAUAAGUAUUUAAUAUAAAGAAAUAUAUGUUUUAUAAUGUUGCAUGAUUUGUGUACAAAUAAAGAGUAUUUAUUAUAAAAAUGACUGCUGUAAAAUAUGUAUCAUUAACAAUGUUAUAUUAUUUAGUUUUGUCAUUAUUUUCUCUUACAUUGGAAAAAGAACACUAGAUGGAAGUUAGAUGAUGUACUUAAAGCAGUUGAUUUAUUCAUUUGAUGUUAAUUGGCUAAUUAAAGGGACUGCACUGAGGUUUUUUUUGGCAUGUUCGAUACUGGAAAUAGUCUCUGCAAGAUUAAUAUUCCCUGUGAUGGAAACAAAUUAAUUUAUUCGUUUGAUGUUAAUUGGCUUAUUAAAGGGACUCCACUUUUUUUGGACAUGUCGGAUACUGGAAAUAUUAUUUCAAGAUUAAUUGUUCCUGUGAUGAAGGUCUAGCCUAAACACUUGUGUGCAACAUUUCAGAUCAUUUGCCUACUCUGUUGUUUCAGAAUAAUUAUUUUAAUUGUUAAAGCAGCACGCCUCCAGAUUCAUGCCUAUUGUCUUGAAAAUUUGAAAAUGUAUUUAACAUUGUAAUAUUGUAAAGUUACCAAAAGAAUGCAGUUUUCACAUUAUCAUUGGCACUUACAGCCCAUUUAAAUUACCAUUAAGAGGUCACAAUAUGCUAAAAUAAUCCUUGCUGCAUUAGUAAUGGAGUAGAAAUAUAUAAAUACUGAAAAAUCGGUCAUUAAUCGCACAUAACAUGUAGAUUUUUACUAGAAUUUUGAAAUUUUAUACUUUUCCUAAAUCUUAGUACAUUUUCUCAGGUUUGAUUUUAUCGAAAUAUUUUUGCUCAUCUGGAGGUGUGCAGCUUUAAAACUGGCAGAAAAUUGAAAAGCUUUGCAAGGCUUUUUUACUCAAAUUGGUCAAAUAAUAACACAAAAAUAUGGUUUUCAAUAUAUUUCAGAAUACAUAUCAUAAAUCAAAUUAUCUUUUGCAUGUUCUAUUGCCGUAACGGUCUCUGCUGAUCUAAGCAAGAAAUCCAAAUUUUCUUUUUGUUGGCUUUUGGACCGCAAUGGAGUUUCUUAAAUGUAAUUUGUCAUGAUGAAGCAAAAUGUAUGUACCUUAUGUCAAUAACAUUUAUCACAUACCUGUACCGAUUUUCGACUCCGUAAAUAUGGUAUUGCACAAGGCUAUAUUUUGAUGUGACGUCAUUUACACUAUACAAACAAAGUGAAAUGUAAGUGUUACGCUAUUGGCACGUCAAUGAAAAAUGAUUAUUUUGCACUUUAAACGGUCUUUUUCUUUUGGUAUGUGAUAUUUGUGAAGGUUCAUUACUAAAUUUAUUGAACUUGUUUAAUAAAAUAACUUUUUGCUCACCAGAUGCUCGCAUAAUAUAAUUUAGUUCAACUCGUGCAAUAAAUUCAGUAUUGAACCACCACUCAUUAGUUAUCAUCUAUUUAAUAAUGCAUCUUUAUAUACAUGUUUAUUAGCAAUCUAACAACUGCAUUUAUCUUUUUCUUUAUAGCCCUGUCAAAGGCCUGAUAUGUAGCCUGUUUUAAAAUAAGACAGAUGGUCCUAAUUAACCCUACAAUGCAUACAUACAUAAAUAUACAGAUACUGUUUAUAAAUUUUCGCAUACAAGUUUUGUCUCCGCAAGUACUUAUUCUAUUCAACAUUAAUCACAAAUUUGCAUUUAUGAUAAUUAUUUUACAUAACUAAGGUAUAAAACUCUCUAACAUCAGUUUUUUAGUAUCUACAUCUAUAAAUUUUAAUGAUUUCUUAGUAUGUCGAUUAUUCGACUAUCAAGCUGUGAAAAUUAUCACCGUUUUUAUUUCUCUUAUUGUUGUGCCCCCACUUUAGUGGCGGGCAUUUAGAUUUACCAUUGUCCGUCCAUCCUUCCGUCCGUUCUCUUUUGUGUCGCACGUAACUCAAAAAGUAUUAGACAUAGAGUCAUGAAACUUUACAGGAAUGUUGAUCAGCAUGUGUAGUUGUGCACCUUUGUAUUUUCGUCUGGAUAUUUUUAGUAUUUUUUAGAGUUAUUGCUCUUGACUUAAUAAAAUUUUGCAAUUUUCAACUUGUGUCGCAUGUAAUUCAAAAAGUAUUUGACAUAGGGUCAUGAAACUUUACAGGAAUAUUGAUCAGCAUGUGUAGUUGUGCACCUGGGUAUUUUCGUCUGGAUUUAUUUAGUAUUUUGAGAGUUAUUGCCCUUGACUUAGAAAUGUUUGCAAUUUUCAACUUGUGUCGCAUGUAACUUAAAAAGGAUUUGACAUAGAGUCAUUAAACCUUACGGGAAGGUUGCUCAGCAUAUUUAGUUUUGCACCUGGGGUUUCGCUUGUGGAUUUAUCCAGUAUUUGUAGAGUUAUUUCCCUUGACUUAGUAAAAACUGUUUCAUUAUGUUGUUAUUUGUUCCUUGAGUGCUUGAGUUAGAAUCAACCAACUUUACAGGAAUAAUGAUCAACAUCACUAAAUUACAGGAAUAUUGAUUCACAUCACUGUGAAGCUAUGAACCUGGGACUUUGCAUGUUGUUUUUUUCAGUUUUGUUAGAGUUAUUGCCCUUGAUUUACAGUAGUAUAAAUUUGCAAUUUUCAACUUGUUCAUGCAUAGCUCAAAAAGUAUUUCACUUGUAGGCCUGAAAGUUUACAAGAAUGUUGGUCAGCAUGUGUACUUAUGCACCUUGGGGUUUGCUUGUGGAUUUAUUCAGUAUUUGUAAAGUUCUUGCCCUUUACUAAUUAAAAGAUUUUUAGUUUUCAAAAAAUAUUUGACCUAGAGUCAUAAGAUUGACAGAACAGUGGCGCGGUGGGGGCACCCGUGUCUUAUGGACACAUUUCUAGUUACUCAUUAAAGCAUAGCCACUGUAUUUACUGUGAAUUGUGAUAACUAAUUUUUAUACUUUGUA